AUGGAUUGGGCAAGUCCGCUUGCUCUUCACCCUAUAGCUUUCUACCAGCUGGUUGCGUUUCCAUUUGCCGUUUCCUUUCACUAUCUCUGCACCUCUGGGUCUCUCUCGCUAAAUGCCAGGUAUGUCUUGCUCCUGGUGGGAGGCUGCCUUCUCGCGUGUGCUGCCAUGGGAUGGUACGCCCUGCUGCUCUUCAUCCCCACCUUCUGCUCCGUGGCCAUUUUCCACUCAGUCGGCCCACUGCAGGUCCACACGUGGGCAUUCGUGGUCCAGAUGUCCUGGCAGACUCUCUGCCACCUGGGCCUGCACUACAGAGAACAUUAUCUGCAAGGAGCCCCGUGCAUCAGGUUGACAAUCGCCCUCUCGUCGCUCAUGCUGCAGACGCAGAAGGUCACAUCGCUGGCUCUGGAUAUCCACGAAGGGAAGGUGACUAUGGCAGCUGAGUGGGGGGAUGGGAGGGAGCCACUGCUGCGGGCGCUGCCUCUAUGCAGCUAUCUGCUCUUUUUCCCUGCCUUGCUGGGAGGCCCGCUAUGCUCCUUUCGGAGAUUUCAGGACCAGAUCCAGGGCUCAUGCGCUUCACGCCCCACAGCUUCCUGGAGGGCUGCAGGCCAGAAAUGCCUUCGUGCCCUGGCUCUGCACCUGCUGAGAACGGCUGUGAGGAUCUGCGUGGCCCCGCUGGCCCGCAUGACGGACUGCACCGGCUUUGGCUGCGUGUAUGUCAUGUGGCAUUCCGCCCUGCUCUUCAAACUGGCUUAUUACUCCCAGUGGGUGCUCGACGAGGCUCUCCUCAGCACAGCGGGCUUUGGGCUGGAGCGUGGCCACGCCCCCGGUGCAGAGGCUGCCUGCGGCGACCUCUCUGAUGCAGACAUAUGGACCUUGGAGACCACCAACAGAAUAGCCCUCUUCACCAGGACCUGGAACAAGAGCACUUCCCGGUGGCUGAGGAGACUCGUCUUCCAGUGCAGCCCGGCCCAGCCCCUCUUGGCCACCUUUGCCUUCUCGGCCUGGUGGCAUGGGCUCCACCCAGGGCAAGUGUUUGGCUUCUUGUGCUGGGCAGCGAUGGUGGAGGCCGAUUACCGGAUUCACCCUUUUCUCCGUUCACUUGCAAAGUCCCGGCACACCAAGGUGCUGUAUCAGGCCCUGACCUGGGUCCAGACCCAGCUGAUUGUUGCGUACAUCACGGCUGCGGUGGAGAUGAGGAGCUUCUCUGCGCUCUGGCUGCUGGGCGCCUCCUACAACAGCUUCUUCCCUCUCCUGUACGGUGCUUCACUGCUGUGGCUGGUCGCGAGAGCCAAAGAAAAAUGUGUCUGA